UGUAUAUGAGCGCACGCGGCGGGAUCUUAUUCCCUUUUAGCGCCAUCAGAGCGGGAGUCUCACCGUUUCACCGCCGCCUCACAGACAUCCACACAUCGGGCUCUCGGAAACAACACAAACGGUGAAACAUGGCAGAUCUUGACAAUAAAGACCAGGCUGAAAUGGACCCAGCAGAUAUGGAGGAUGUUGAAGAGGAGGAGGAAGAUGCCGGGGAAGACAACAGUAAAGCACGUCAGCUGACGCGGCAGAUGAUGCAGAAUCCUCAGAUUCUGGCGGCGCUGCAGGAGAGGCUGGAUGGACUCGUAGGAUCUCCCUCAGGAUACAUGGAGAGUUUACCAAAGGUGGUGAAGAGACGUGUUAAUGCACUUAAGAACCUCCAGGUCAAAUGUGCCCAUAUCGAAGCUAAAUUCUAUGAAGAAGUCCACGAGCUGGAGCGAAAAUAUGCUGCUCUUUAUCAGCCUCUGUUUGACAAGCGGAGUGAGAUCGUCAGAGCGGCAUACGAACCCACAGAUGAAGAGUGUGAGUGGAAGCAAGAUGAGGAGGAAGAGCUGACAGUAAGUAAGCAGGAGGAAAUGAAGGAAAAGGCCAAAGUGGAGGAGGAGAAGAAAGACGAGGAGAAGGAAGAUCCCAAAGGCAUCCCAGAGUUCUGGCUCACAGUUUUCAAGAACGUGGACCUUCUCAGUGAAAUGUUGCAGGAACAUGAUGAACCCAUCCUGAAGCACUUACAAGACAUUAAAGUCAAAUUCUCUGACGCCGGACAGCCCAUGAGUUUCUCAUUAGAGUUUCACUUUGAGCCCAAUGAUUUCUUCACAAACACAAUCCUGACAAAGACCUACAAGAUGCGGUCUGAGCCGGACGAGUCGGACCCCUUCUCUUUCGACGGGCCGGAGAUCAUGGGCUGCACAGGCUGCACGAUCGACUGGACUAAGGGCAAGAACGUCACAUUGAAAACCAUCAAGAAGAAACAGAAACACAAGGGUCGUGGCACAGUGAGGACGGUCACCAAGACAGUUCCCAAUGAUUCAUUCUUCAACUUCUUCUCUCCGCCUGAAGUUCCAGAAAGCGGUGAACUGGAUGAAGACUCAGAGGCAGUUUUAGCAGCAGAUUUUGAGAUUGGUCACUUCAUCCGUGAGCGUAUUGUUCCCAGAGCUGUGCUGUAUUUCACUGGAGAGGCCAUUGAAGACGACGAUGAUGACUAUGAUGAGGAGGGAGAGGAAGCGGAUGAUGAGGAGGGUGAAGAAGAGGCAGAUGAAGAGAACGAUCCAGACUAUGAGCCCAAGGUUUAAGUGGUGUCUGUAGUAACCCUGUCCCGAAGGACGCCAAUCCCCCAGAGGAGUGCAAACAGCAGUGAUGGCGGCGCCGGCUCCUUCAGGAUCCCCCUACACUGUAACGGCUUCAACAACAACAACACAUAGUUACUUACCGCCUUACAAUGUUUUGUAUUUUUCUUGGUAGAAAUAAUUGAAUAAAUAAAAUACAAAGGGUUUUGAGAUUUUUGUUACAAAAGAAAAAGAUGAAAAAGCACCUCCUAAUCAUCGGGAGCCACAGCUCAUAGUAUUUUACUAGACUGGUUUCUCUUCCGUUUCCCUAUUAUCAUUUCUUCCCCCUCUCUGUAUAAAUAGUUAGACUGCAGUAAAUCCCUCGAAGCAUGACACUCGUUUCUUCACUGCUAAACUAGUUGGGUUCUCGUGAAGUCUUCUUUUGUAUUGCUCUUAGACAACAGCUGUGGAAAGACUGUCCGCUUUACAGGAAAGCAACCAAAGCAGCGAUGUUCAGUUUUAAACCCUCACAUGCGGUCAGAAUCAGCAGACAUUCCUCAUACCUGUACAUUCCUCAUCAGUAGGCGCUCCGCUGCAUGACUUUCUUUUCCAUGAGCACUUUGUAUUCAUGUAUUGGUAGUUUCUUUUCUUUUUUCCCCUACGAGCGCUUGCAUUCGUCUUCAGGUGCUGCAUGCACUUGAUUAGAGUAGGUUUAGAAUGUGAGCUCCUGAUUGGUUGAUUUCGAGCUCCGCCCCGAUUGAUGCUUAACUCUAGAAUGUGAGCUUCUGAUUGGUUGAUUUCGAGCUCCGCCCCGACUGAUGCUUAACUCUAGACUGUGAGCUCCUGAUUGGUUGAUUGUGAGCUCUGCUCUGAGUGACGUUUUACUCUGGAUUGUGAGCUGCUGAUUGCAAACUUCGCUCUCAGUAAGAUGGAAUGGGAGAUCCUUAUUGGUUAAUUGCGAGCUUUGCCCCGAGUGACAUUUAUCUGCUCUUGGAAUGAGAGCUAGCUCCUGAUUGGUUGAUUGCAAGCUUCAUCUUGAAGUUUUGUCAACUCAGGAAUUCAAUCUCCUGAUUGGUUCACUCCGAGCUCCACCCAAUUGAUUUGACAACGUGAGCUUAUUGGUUGACUCUGAGCUUCACCCCGAGUAAUGUUUUACUCUGUAAAGCAAGCUUCAUAUUGGUUGAUUUGAGAGCUCAACAACAGCAUUGAUUUGAUUUUGAGUGAUUUGUCAACACUGGAAUGGGGUCUCCUGAUUGGUUUGCAAGCUCCACCUUGAAGUUGUCAACUCAGGAAUGUAGUCUCCUGAUUGGUUGACUCUGAGCUCUGCCCAAUUGAUUUGACUACGAAUUCUGAUUGGUUGAUUGAGCUCUACCCUAAAUGUUUUACUCUGGAAUGCAAGCUUCUGAUUGGUUGAUUUGCGAUCUCCACCCACUGUGACGUCGACACUUAAUUCAAGCUUCUGAUUGAUUGAUUUCAAGCUUUGCCCCUGAGUGAUGCGUAACUCCGGAAUGCAAGCUUCUGAUUGGUUGAUUGCUGACUCUCCACCCUGUGUGAUUCGUCUACUCUGGAAUGCAAGCUCCUCAUUGGUUGAUUUUGAGCUCCGCCCUGAGUGAUGUUUGUUGACUCUGUUUGGCAGGCCUAUCACUGUGAAGGGGUGUGUCUGACUUUGUGUAUGAAUGAGUGUGUGUGUGUGUGUGCAUUCAGAGGAAGGUCUCUUCUCCUUCUCUCGUAGCGCAGCCCAGCAGGUCUGAAGCAGAAAGAGCAAUAUUUUCACCUAGAAACCCCCGAGCGCCGCAGUGUCCCGUGUGUGUGUGUCCGGCGCGGUGCACGCGUGUGUAUCGCAGGAUGUCCGGCUCGUCCAUUAGUUGGUCUGGUGAGCGGUUGAAGCAGCAGGGGUCGUUCUGGUUCCCCCUCAGCAGCUGUUGUCAAAGCAAAAUGCCAUGCUACAAAAUACUAAUGUACUCAAUAACUGUACGUGGAUGUAUAUUCAUGAAAAUAAAUUGGUAAAAUGCAA